UCCUCAUCCUUAACAACAUUUCACGCUUCCUCUGUUUGCUCGCACACGUCGUUUUUUUCUUUUUGUUGCUUCGGAGCCAACUCAACAACAACGCCGUGCCUAAUCCUUAAGAAUAACGAAUUACAACAACCAACCAUGUUGCAUUGUCUCAACACUUCCUGUUCGGACAUCACAGUCUUGGAAAGACAACGGGAAGCAACCAUCAAGUGCCAGAACCACCAACCACCCUACUUAACGGACUUUAACGUCGUCUUCCCUUCUUCUUCUUCUUCUUCUUCUUCUUCUUCUUCCUCUUCUUCUUCUCAUAGUCAGGGCUUGCUCAUGAUGUGCUCGGAUUCCUCGCUCGGCCAGGUCCUAACUCACUCCGUCAAACCCGACCCGGGCGUCUGGCCCGAAUUCGGUUUUCUACCCGCCAUUUCGAGAACUUGUAGCAGAGACGGAGACUUGGUUUCGCCCAAGGAAAACAUGGCCAGUGGGAAAGAAAAUGCUAAGAAGAGAAAGCCUCAGAACUCCAAGGUAGUUGUUGCGGAGAUUGAUAAUAACAAGGACAAGGACAAGAGAGUCAAAGUAACUGGCGAGGAAGGAGAAUCCAAAGUAACCGAGCACCAUACCAGAAACAAGAAUGCCAAAUCCAACGCAAAUAAGAACAACAGAGAAACCUCUGCGGACACUUCCAAAGGCUCCGAGGUUCAAAAUCAGAAACCAGACUACAUUCAUGUCCGAGCGCGUCGUGGACAAGCCACGGAUAGUCAUAGCUUAGCUGAAAGAGUAAGGAGGGAGAAGAUUAGCGAGAGAAUGAAGUAUUUGCAAGAUUUAGUACCGGGUUGCAACAAAGUUGCAGGGAAAGCUGGAAUGCUUGAUGAAAUUAUUAACUAUGUUCAGUCUCUUCAACGCCAAGUUGAGUUCUUGUCAAUGAAAUUAGCGGCUGUAAACCCAAGGCUUGACUUCAACAUUGACGAACUGUUUGCCAAAGAGGUGUUUCCUUCUUGUGCUCAAAGUUUUCCAAACAUAGGGAUUCCCUCAGAUAUGAGUAUUAGUAACAACCCUUCGUAUCUUCAGUUCAAUUCAGCGCAGCAACUUGUAUCGUGCUGUGGUGGAUUAAUAAACAGCAUGGGAAUAAGCCCUCCCAACAUGGGACUCCGAACGAACAUUAUUAGUACUAGCACUGUACCUUUGCCCGAAACUUUUCUUGACUCUUCCUGUUUCGCUCAAAUUCUACCCUCCUCAAAUUGGGAAGGUGGUGAUUUCCAAAGCCUUUACAACGUUGCUUUUGAUCAAGGGCGAACAGCAUCUUUUCCCCCUCAGCCAUUUACAGGUCUAGUUGAAGCUAGCAAUCUAAAAAUGGAGAUGUAAACCAGAUAAUCCAUUAUUACAAUAUGUUGGAUUAGGUCACUCGGAAUGCCUUUGUCAAGAUUUUUUUCUAUUAGAGUACAUCGCAUAUAUUGGUUGUAUACUGCUCCGUAGAAUAAAUAAGAUCAUAUUAAUACCUGUUAACUUGAGACA